CUAUGGUCUUUGCCAGGUGUUGCUCAUAUGAAUUACAAGACUAUGCAAAACUAGAAACAAAUCGAAAAAGAGAAGAAUAAAAUUUAUCAGAAAAAUUCUAGGGUUUUUGGAGGUAAAACCAAAUCAAAUCGAAUGGCAUCUCUAAAUUGGAUUUCAGUUACUCUGGUUUUUGCGUUUCUCGUUUCUCUCUCAAGCUUUGUUGCUGAAAGUUAUAGAAAGGAAUUGAGACCAAAGGAUGUGGUGAAACAAGAAGAAACUGCCAUAGAAGCAGUCACAUCAAUUCAACCAUACAGAAUUGAUCCCUCUCGUGUUAUCCAACUCUCUUGGCAGCCAAGGGUCUUUUUGUAUCAAGGCUUUCUCUCAGACGAGGAGUGUGAUCACCUAAUUUCUUCGGCUCACAGCCAGCUAGAAAAUCACAAGGAAGAAAUUCCAGGGACACCCAUCGUUAUGGAACAAGACGUUGUUGUGACAAGGAUUGAGGAUCGAAUCUCAGAUUGGACUUUUUUACCGAAAGAGAACAGUGAUCAUUUGCAGAUUUUCCGUUAUGGGCCUGAGAAUACGAGCCAGUUCCACAACUAUCAUGGUGAUAAAGAUGGAGAUGGGGGGGCUUCAUUGAUGGCAACGGUGGUCUUGUAUCUAUCAAAUGUCAACCGGGGUGGUGAGAUUCUCUUUCUUGAAUCAGAGCUCAAGAACACACAAGUCAAGGACGAAACAUGGUCUGAUUGUGCAAGAAAAGGAUAUGCAGUAAAACCCGUGAAAGGAAAUGCACUCUUAUUCUUCCAUCUGCACGUUAACACCUCAGUGGAUGAUAAAAGUUCACAUUCUAGAUGCCCUAUCCUCGAAGGAGAAAAAUGGUGUGCAACGAAAACUUUCCAUGUGAGAGCCAUUGAUGCAAACAAUGUGCCAUUGGAAUCUGACGGUAGUGACUGCACUGAUGAAGAGGACAGUUGUCCCAAGUGGGCUGCAAUGGGUGAAUGUCAGAGGAAUCCUGUGUACAUGGUAGGAACCCCUGAUUACUAUGGCUCAUGCAGGAAAAGUUGUAAUGCAUGUCAAUCAUGAACACGCAUGAUUAGUGUAUUCUGCAUUAAUCACCCACGUCCAUGAUGCGUAAUGAUCAGGUUUGCAUUGUUGACAGUGUAUAUCCUCUUUGUCCAGUUUUUUUUUUUUCUCCUUCUUGACUAUUUACAAUGAGGUGAAAAGAAUCCGAGGAAAACUCACCAACGAACUAUCUUCAUGGUUGACAUGAGAAAAGGGUAAAAGUCUAUGACAUAGGUCAACCUAUAUAUCUAAUGUUUUCCCAUGAGAAUUCCAUAUCUGAGUAUUUGUAAAUUGCAAGGAUUGGUCUGAAAUCCAAAUUUUGCCUUCUUGAUUCCCCAAGGUAAUUUUUGAGACUCAA